AUGGACCGCACCAUGUCGCGAUCACGCUCACGGUCCAGCGCCGGCAGCGAACACGGAGACCGCCUCGAACCGCAAUUACUCCGUGCCGCAACGAACAACGACAUCGAAGCCCUUGAACAAAUCGUGCGACUAGCCCGUCAAAAGGGUCAACUGAAUCCCACAUUUCUAGGACUCGGGUUGGUGAAAUCGUGCGAACGGGGAUGUAUAGAAGCGACACAAUACCUGUUGAAGGAAGGAGCCAGUGUUGAAGUACCCGGCAAUCGAGCUCCCCCGAUUUUCCGCGCUGUUGAGCGCAAUUACGUGCAGAUUGUCAAGCUUUUGCUAGAUGCCGGUGCCUCGCCGGAAUUCAGGGAUAAAGAAGGUCGGACGGCGUUGAUGACUGCGGCAUGGAAGAAUCAAUGGCAUGUUUUACAACUUUUGAUUUCGAGAGGGGCCGAUGUGAAUGCGCGGGAUAAUAAGAAGCGGAAUAUCUUGCAUAACCUUGCCGCGGAUAAACAAUGUGAUUGGGGCGAUGAUGUUGUCAAUUUACUGCUGCGGACUUCAUGCGAAUUAGAUGCUCGAGACGAGCUUGGUAGGACGCCGUUACAUUGGGCUUGUACGACUGGCAAAACCCAUUUCGCUAGGUUGCUUCUUUCCCGACCACAGGGUUGCCCGUCGGACUAUGUUAAUGUGACCGAGCUUCGGAAUAAAGCCGCACUACAUCUCGCGACUGCCCAUGACCGCGAAGAUGUGGUGGAAUUGCUCUUGGAGUAUGGAGCGGACGUCAAUGCGCGAAGUGACGGAGGCUGGACACCAUUCCAUAACGCUUGCGAUAAAGGAUGCGAGAAGAUCGUGCGCAUAUUGUUGCAAGCCGGCGCAGACUUCAACAGCCAAUUACUCAAUGGAAUGACAUCUCUACACUUGGCUGCACAAGCUGGACAUACGGAUGUCGUCAAAUGUCUACUGGAACAACCCACCAUCCGAAGACGAACUCGCGAUACCUUCGGUAGUACACCGUUUCUAAGAGCUGCUCAGUUCAAGCGGAAAGAUAUUGUGCAGCUAUUGGCUCCUUUCAACCAUGUCGAAGCUCUCUCCCAUGAUGCAGUGGGCGCUUGCAAAGGGUUCGAAGCGACGAUUGUCGAUUUUGGAAAUUUCCAUAAUGAGAAUCGAGUUAAGAGAGUAUCUGUAUAUGAAUUGCUUUAUGGCCGAGAUGCAAAGAACUCUCGUAAACAGGCAGUUACGACGUUGCCGGCGAAUGUAAAAGCGAGCGAGUUUCGGUGGAUACAUCUGCCUGCGAAUAACAUGGCUUGGGUGGAGGCAUUGAUGACCAAAUCAUUUAUAGAAGAAGGUGCAAGCGAUGUCGAGGGAUUCAAAGGUCUGGAAAAAUCAUUUGGUCACCAACAUCGCGGUCAACGGCCACAUUCACAUUUUAUGAGACCUUUAUGUCAAAGCACUCCUCGCUCGCUGCGAGGUAAGGACGAGCCCGAAAAGGAAGAGGAGAGUCAAUCGAUUCCAGAGAAAAGUGCUUUACCACAGGUAGUCAUUAAUGGGCCUGUGGUUACAAAGACUCCCGAGUGGAGCCCGGCACCUUUGAAAAAACGUGAGACUGGACUAAGCAAGGACUCAUACUCUCAAGAUGACGAUAGUUCAGGCCGAAAACUGAAGGCCAAACGCAACAACAAGAGUGGAAAGGACAUACCCAAGAACGACAAGAAUAAGUCUGCUGGCCAUGGUUCCGAUAAACACACGCGUUCAGUGACACCACACCUAACAAGAGAUAUGAGUCUCGCCGCCAAAUGCAACAUAUGCGUGUAUAUGCCAUAUUUACACUUUGAAUCGGCCCAGAGCCAGCAGAAGAUGCAACAGACCAUCAAACAAGCGGAAACUCUGGUGCCUUCUCCGGUACCGGGAUUGACGAGAGCCUCAACAAGAGACGAAAUGCUGAUUCGAGCACAUAUUAAUUCAUCCAGCACGUCUCUCCAUGUUCGUCGAACAUUAGACCAAUUCUUUUAUCCGAAUAUUGACACCGAGACUCGAGAUGGCGACCAGGUCGUUUAUCGCUAUCAGACGAGAUGGUCUGAACACAAAGCCAAAGAUCCCAAAAUCUUCAUGGUUGAUCAGCUGUGGAUGUGGGUGCUCGGCAAGAACUUGAUUGUGACUAGCUUUCCUCAACGAUGGGAGCAGCCCAAAAACGAUCCUUUAAAUGUUCUUGACGGUAUCAUUGAGGACAUAAACUCCAAAACUCGAGAGCCAGUGCGCUCAGUCUAUGAGCUAGCUACUAUUAUUACGGGUCGAUGUUCUGGCAUGUUCGAUAGACAUCGCAUGGGCGACGAAGACUACCAAUUCUUGGAUAUGUUCGAAUCGUGCAUUGGCACAGCGACUGAUCGUGAAACUACGCUUUUCCGCGAAUUCAACGUUGCAUCCGCUCAGGCUUCAGAGUGGCUCAAACAUCAUCGAAGGAUAAAACGGUCCAUCGUAGAGAAUAUGUCCAGCAAGGAAAAUGACGAAGAUCAAAAGGAAAGCGACAGUGACGAAGAAAGUCAACCCCUCUUUGUCGACAAACUUCUCGAUAUCGGACAAGAAACAGACCUCCUGGCUGAAGCUAAAGACAUCCGCGAUGAACUGAACAUGAUCCGCACUGUCCUCGAAUACCAAAAACAAGUCCUCCAAGACCUGCAAGACGCCAUCUGCGAGAUCUAUUACGACGAAAACCGAUCCCAGAACGAUAUCAAGAAGAAAUUCCGCGAGCAACAGCGUAAUAUAGACAUGCACGUCAAGGACGUCGAUCGAAUGGACAAACAAACGGAAAGAAUCUACAUGUCCAUCACUGACUUACUAGACCUCAAACAAAAACAUGCCAACGCCUUUGAAGCACGAUUUGCGCGCGAUCAAGCUGCGGGGACCGCCCAACAGGGGAAAACAAUCAUGAUGUUCACUAUCGUCACUAUCGUGUUCUUGCCCUUAUCAUUCAUUGCGUCCUUCUUCGCAAUCAAUGUCGCUGAAUUUCCACAUGAUGCACAAAGCGGGAAUACGAAUAUGCCGCUUUCUUAUGUGUCGAGGUAUAUCUUUGGAAUUGGAUUUUCGAUUUCGAUUCCCUUGAUUCUUUUGGCCCUGUCGGUUGACGAUAUUCGUCUUGGAAGUCGUGAAGCAUGGCGUCGAGUUCGUGAAUGGCGUUUGCGUCGUACGAAAACCUCCAAGAACAGCCACCACAGUCAUGAUCAUAACCGAGAUCUUUCCCAAAACUCGAAAUACACCGCAUUCUUUGCCGCUCCAAGGCAUCUUCGAGGAGGCCAAGCGAUGAAGAUCUAA